AAUAUGAAAUUUAAAAUCAAAAUGUCCAUUCGAUUCACAUCAUUUAGAAAACUCAUCGUUGAAAUUCCAAUCAUGUCCCCAGUUUUGUUACCCAAAUUGUGGGAGUCGCUGGCCUCGGGCCCAUUGCUGUGCCGCCUGCGGCAGGGCAACCGAUCGACGGGCCUUCGAUUGGCCAGCACACAGCCUCGCGAGGAGCACAAGACGAUCGAGGAGCCCUACCUGAUCUUCCAGCAGUGGCUGGCGGCUGUUCAGCAGCGGGUGCCACAGCUGCGACCCCGACUCGCGUGCAUGGCCACCGUGGACAAGGCCGGCGAGCCGGUGACGCGGCUGACCAAAAUCGAGGCUGUGAACUCCAAUGGGAUCACUUUCUACACGAGCCUCGGCAGCCGACAGGCGGGCGAGAUCAGCAGCAAUCCGCACGUGUCGCUGCACUUCAACUGGGCACCGCUUAUGCGCAGCGUUCGCAUUGCUGGCCUCGCGCGGCAGCUGAGCGCUGAGCAGGCGUUGUACCAGUUCCACAAGUAUCCGCGCCACAUCCAGCUCAGUCUCGCCUAUGGCCCACAGUCGGCGGAGGCAGCCACCUCGGGCAUAUCUGGCGUCUUCCAGUGGUUCGCCGAGUGCAUGAACUCGCUGUUUGGUCAGCAGCAGUCGGAUAUCCCCAUGCCGUCCAAUUGGGGCGGAUUUCUGCUCACGCCAUGUCUCUAUGAGUUUGGCAUGGACGGGCCAAAUGGAAGGACAUGCAUGAGGUUCAGGCGCUGCCUAAUGAUGCCACGGGGCGCUAGAGCUGAUAACAUAAAUGCGGAGAGACAUGACUGGGUCUAUGACUCUUGCGUGGAGCCCGACAGCUGAAACUGAGGUCCAUUUCUUUUUUCAUAUUAAUAUUUGGCAUUUAUCCACUAAUCAUUCAUCAUCUAAACAAAGUUAGACCGAAAACUUGCAGUUCUAAAUUCUAUUAGUGAAGUGGGAAAGAAUCUUCAGACGGGGAAUAAAUUAUAUUCUAAUUUAACUCUUAAA